CAGAAUCUUCAACUUUGACCUCUCUACGUCAGGGGGGAGUUGAACCAAUCGCAUCCGUCGUUGUUGAGAGGUGCGAAGUUUCCCCGAGGCUCUCACCCUCUCGUCAACAUGUCUUCGUCGGAGGCUAAUAAUGGCCUGAGCCAAGCGCCACCUUAUCCAGGUGUACCGCCCUCAGGGAUACCACCCCCAUUUAUGGGACCACCAGGCAUACCACCUCAUUUCCCUCCAAUGGGAAUGCCCCCUAUGGGACAGCGGCCUCCCAGCAUGACUCCAAUGCCUCCUGGUAUAAUUCCCCCUGGUAUAAUACCACCGAUGGGGGCACCUCCAAUGGGACAGAUGCCAGGCAUGAUGCCACCUAUGAUGCCAGGGAUGAUGAUGCCCCCUCGGAUUCCAGCUGCGGCUAUACAACCAACGGGGCCGCCUGGCGUUGACUCCACAGCUGCUGCGCCCGGAACAGCUAGUACCACAAAUGGAUCUCCACAGGAAGACCAGCCGAAGAAGAAGUCUCUGUGGACAGAACACAAAUCACUGGAUAGCAAAACCUACUACUACAAUACAGAGACCAAGCAGUCCACAUGGGAGAAACCAGACGACCUUAAAUCUCCUGCAGAGCAAAUGCUUUCUAAAUGCCCCUGGAAGGAGUACAAGUCAGACACAGGGAAGCCUUAUUAUUACAACUCUCAGACGAAGGAGUCCAGAUGGACCAAACCCAAAGAGCUUGAGGAUCUGGAAGCUAUGAUCAAAGCAGAGGAGAAUGGAACGGCAGAGGCAACAGCCCCCGGCGUCGCCGCAGCUCCUGCGGUGCAAGCAGAUAACACAGCCGCUAUGGCGACUGUAAUGGAGGUGGAAACUGCGACAGCGGUCUCAGAGGAUCACCUGUCUCAGGCGGCGGUACAUCUCACAGCUGAGGUCAAGCCUGCAGACGCACCCGUUGCUUCCUUGGAGAGCACAGCUGCCACAGAGGCCACAGCCAGUGUUGAAGUCCCAAAGGAAGAGCGACCAGAACUUCAGAAGAAAACUUACAAGUGGAACACGAAGGAGGAGGCCAAGCAGGCGUUCAAAGAGCUACUGAAGGAGAAGGGUGUGUCCUCAAACUCCUCCUGGGAGCAGGCCAUGAAAAUGAUUAUCAAUGAUCCUCGCUACAGUGCUCUUCCAAAACUGAGCGAGAAGAAGCAGGCGUUCAACGCUUACAAAGUCCAGACGGAGAAAGAAGAGAAGGAGGAGGCCAGAAUUAAAUACAAGGAGUCUAAAGAGACCUUCCAGAGGUUCUUGGAGAACCACGGCAAGAUGACAUCUACCACCAGAUACAAGAAAGCGGAACAGAUGUUUUGUGAGCAAGAGGUGUGGAGCUGCGUUCCAGAGAGAGACAGACUCGAGAUCUAUGAAGAUGUGUUGUUCUACCUCGCUAAGAAAGAGAAGGAACAAGCCAAGCAGCUGAGAAAGAGGAACUGGGAAGCUCUGAAGAACAUUCUGGACAACAUGGCCAACGUCACCUACCGCACCACCUGGUCCGAGGCGCAGCAGUACCUGCUGGACAACCCCACCUUUGCUGAAGACGAGGAGCUGCAGAAUAUGGACAAGGAGGACGCCCUCAUUUGUUUCGAGGAGCACAUCCGAGCACUGGAGAAGGAGGAGGAAGAAGACAAACAGAAGACCCUUCUCAGGGAGAGGAGACGACAACGCAAGAACAGAGAGUCGUUCCAGAAAUUUCUGGAUGAGCUGCAUGACCACGGCCAGCUUCACUCCAUGUCUGCCUGGAUGGAGAUGUACCCCACCCUGAGCUCAGACAUCCGCUUCGCCAACAUGCUGGGACAGCCGGGUUCCACUCCCCUGGAUCUGUUCAAAUUCUAUGUGGAAGACUUGAAGGCUCGUUACCACGAUGAAAAAAGGAUCAUCAAGGAUAUUCUUAAGGACAAAGGCUUCCUGGUUGAAGUGAACACCAGCUUCGACGACUUUGGAUCAGUCAUCAGCUCGGACAAGAGAGCCACCACACUGGACGCAGGGAACAUCAAGCUGGCUUUCAACAGUUUACUGGAGAAGGCCGAAGCCAGAGAGCGGGAGCGAGAGAAGGAGGAGGCGAGGAAAAUGAAAAGGAAAGAAGCUGCGUUCAAGAACAUGCUGAAACAGGCCACGCCACCACUGGAGCCAGAGACAUCAUGGGAGGGAGUAAGAGAGCGAUUCUUAAAGGAAUCUGCCUUUGAAGACGUGACUCUGGAGUCGGAGAGGAAAAGGAUAUUCAAAGACUUCAUGCAUGUCUUGGAGCACGAAUGUCAGCAUCACCACUCAAAGACAAAGAAGCACUCGAAGAAGUCCAAGAAGCACCACAGGAAACGUUCCCGCUCUCGAUCGGGCUCAGAGUCUGAGGAUGAGGAAUACCACAAGAAGAAGAAGAGGUCACAGUCCAAAUCCCCCUCUGAACGCUCCUCCAGUGGAGAAUCAGAGAGAAGUUAUAAGAAGUCGAAGAAGCACAAGAAGAAGGGCAAGAAGAGACGCCACAAGUCUGGAUCCCCGGACUCCGGCGAUGAAAAGAAAGGAAGAGAGCGCGAUGGAAAGCGGGAUAAAGACCUAGAGAAGGACAAAGAGAACGACAAGUCUCGAGGCAAAUCUCGCUCCGACUCUAAACAGAAGUCUCCGAAAAGGAAAGCUGCCAAAGAGGAGGGCGGCUGGGACACGUCAGGCAGCGAGCUGAGUGAAGGAGAGCUGGAAAAAAGGAGAAGAACUUUACUGGAGCAGCUGGAUGCACCUUGAUGAUAACAUUUCUGCCGCCAUUUUGUUGUAUUUGUAAUCUUCUGGAGACAUGCAUUCCCCCCCGGAUCCUCUGACAACACCUUCCAAUGAUGCUUCACUGAACCGACACAUUUGAUUAAUAAUUUGAUAUCAGCUGACCAGUUGUUGAAUGUCUGGUUGUUGCUUGUGAUCAUUAAGCAUUUUUUAGUUGACUGUAGUUGUACAUGUUUUCCAUUGCCCAUCAUUUUUUUAUUCAAUUAAAAAGCAUAUCCUAA